UACACGACGCGUCCACCUCAGUCCCCGACAACCUUUCAGUAGCGUACGAAAAAGCUCGAAUGCGACGGAGACAACGCAAGUUAAAACAAGAUGACAAAAUCGAGGUGAAGCGACCCUGUCCUUCUGACCCGGGAAUAAUUCCAUGUUUUGAUGGAAAGAAACCUGCCACUGGCCCAGCGUUGAAGAUGAAUAAAGUGUUUAGGCUUAGGGUGGAGCGUGCCAGACGAGAGGUGAGCCUUCCCGUACGACAACGGGAGAAUGUCUGGGACUCUAAUGCCUACGGUUACAAGGGACCAAGGCUUGCAAGUAGAUCCUCCUCCUACAUCCUAGAAUCCCCCAGUGUAGCCGGGGUACCAUACAUCCUCACACCAUCACAUCCGCCCCAACCUUGCCCAGGGACAGCGCCCGGCCCUAACAAGUUAGAUGUCAUUGGGGCAUUGACAUGGAGGGCGUGGACAGAUAUCAAGACACGAUUACACAAGGUACUCCAAACACUAGUCAACAUGCUUUCUUCCAGAAAACGUGAAGACAAGAGCACAUCCACAAGUGAAGACAGUGCCUGA